AUGGCACCUGCGGUAUUUUCUCCCCGCUUCAUCGCGCUCGUCGCUCUCUCGAACGUCGCCGCCGUUCUGGCAGGCACCUACCAACGCGCGGAUCUCUUCGUCGGCGCGAACUUCUACGAUUCGUUUGACUUCCAGGCAAUUCCGGAUCCCACACACGGCCGAGUAAACUACGUCGACCAGGCGACGGCGCAGGCACAGAACCUGACGUUCGCCGGCCCGAACAAGUUCGUUCUGCGCGCGGACCACACGACGGUCAUCUCCGACGCGAGCCCCGUCGGCCGCAACUCGGUGCGCAUCCAGUCGAAGAAGAAGUACAGCACCCAUGCUGCGGUGUUCGAUAUUGCGCACAUGCCGGAGGGUUGCGGAACUUGGCCUGCUAUUUGGGAAACUGACACCGUCGUCUGGCCCCACGGGGGUGAGCUCGAUAUUAUCGAGGGUGUGAACGGCGUCGGCAGCAACCAAAUGACUUUGCACACCGACCCAGGCUGCACGAUGCCCCAGAAUCGGGCCCAAACGGGUACCUCGCUGCAGCUCAAUUGCGACGCCAACGUGAACGGAAACGCCGGCUGUGGAGUGAGCGCCGGCCAGCCACUGAGCUACGGACCGGCGUUCAAUGCCAACGGCGGAGGCUGGUAUGCCAUCGAGCGCAGCCCCAACGGUAUCAACGUCUGGUUCUGGGCGCGCUCCGACCCCACCGUCCCGCAAGAAGUCCGCGUCGGAGGAGUAGGCAUCAACACACAGGGCUGGGGUACCCCGACCGCGAGCUUCCCGAACACGCAGUGCAACAUCGGCCAGUUCUUUGACGCGCACAACAUCAUCAUCAACCUCACGCUCUGCGGCGACUGGGCCGGCCAGCCCCAAAUCUACGCGAGCGCCGGCUGCCCGUCGUCGUGUAUGAGCUUCGUCGAUGCGAACCCUGCGGCAUUUGCGAACGCGUACUUCGAGAUCAACUCGAUCAACGUUUACACAUGAGCAGUGGGUUGGAGCACAGGUAUUUUUGGAUUAACCAUAUGGAUCUGCCUCGGCUUAUGAGAGAGUGUUACUCCUCUGUCCGGCCAUUAAUAAUACUCCGAUUUGAACCGAGCUCAGUCAA